ACCGUAUAUACUUCAUAAUUAGCAGCAACAAUUAAUACUACCAAAUCUAGUCUCCACUCUCCACUUCAGUACUCAUCACAUCUAACAACCACUGCCUCAACCAACCGCCCGCUCAACACCUGCCCCGCAUACCAUGACCUUCAAUUACAUCAUAUCGACUAAUACACACCGUCCAUACCAUACUACCUCAUCCAUCCAUCCACCCGUACUCGCUAUAUACACCUCCCACAAACCUCCCAUGUAGACACCCACCUCCCAUCAUGUCCUCCACCGUCAUCCUCGCCUUCGACGCCUACGGCACCCUUCUCUCCCCAUCCACCAUCACAAACACCCUCGCCGCCCACGUCAACCCGGCCAAAGCCCCCUCCAUAGCCUCCGAAUGGCGCCGUCUCCAGCUCGAAUACACCUUUCGCCUCACAAGCAUGGGCAAAUACAAGCCCUUCCAUACCCUCACCCGCGCCGCCCUGACCCACGCCCUAGCAACCCACAACACCCCUCUCGACACCCAGUCCACAAACGCCAUCAUGCACGCCUACACCACCACCGCGCUCGCCCCCUUCCCGGACGUCGUCCCGGGCCUCAAAGACCUCGAGACAUACCAACAGUCCCAGCACUCCACCUCCCCGCCCAUCAAAGCAGUAAUCUUCACCAACGGCACACGGGAAAUGAUAUCCACCGCCCUGCACUCCACGCCCGCCCUCACGCCCUUUUUAUCCACCCUCUUCCAUCCCUCUAACACAAAAAAAUACAAGCCCGCACCCGACGUCUACCUCCACCUCGCGCAGCAAACCGGCAAGACGACGAGGGCGCAAAUGGCCGAUGUGUGGCUCGUGAGUGGGAAUGCGUUUGAUGUUGUCGGUGCGAAAGCCGUGGGCAUGCGGGCUUGUUGGGUGGAUCGGGAGGGGGACGGGUGGGUUGAUGGGUUGGGUUUUUGUGUGGGGGGUGAGGGGGGGGAUGGGGAUGGGGCAGAUGGGGAUGGGGCAGAUGGGAUUGGCGUAGAUGGGAACGGGGAUGGGAAUGGGGAUGGUAGGCCGGAUGUUGUUGUUAGGGGUGUGGAUGGAGUUCUUGAUGCUGUGCUGGGGUAUCUGAGGGGGACGGGGACGGCGAGAGUGGUAGUUGGGUAG